AUGGGCCCUGCCAGAAAGACGGCGACCAACACCUCCGCCGGCAGCAGCAGCAGCAAUCAUAACACCGCCGCAGCAGCUGCCACGGCCACGGCCACGGCGGCCACGACCCAUCAUCCCGAUAAUAGUAGUAGUCACAAUACCAACGCUUCGGCAUCCACUUCCGAUCCCAUUCUCCCCUCUUCCGCCCCCGGUCGUACCCACUCGCACGCCCGGGGCCUGUCCGUAAGCCACGAUGUCGCCGACUCUCCCGCCGAGUCCCAGGCCUCACCGGACGAUGGUGCUGCCCCCGAGGACCAGCGCACCAAGAAGCGCAAGGGAGGUCCCGGCUCGAGGGGAGUCGCCAACCUGACUCCAGAGCAAUUGGCCAAGAAGCGCGCCAAUGACCGAGAAGCUCAGCGAGCUAUUCGCGAGCGUACUAAGCACACCAUCGAGAACCUGGAGAACAAGAUCACGGAAUUGACGUCUCAGCAACCUUACCAGGAGCUCCAGGCUGUGCUCAGGAAGAAGGAAGCUGUCGAGCAGGAGCUUCUCGAUGUCAAGAAUAGGAUGGCGUCAAUAAUGUCCUUGAUACAGCCCAUCCUUGGCUCUCAGCAGGGCGUAUAUGCUUCUCCGGGGCCUUCAUUUCUACCAGCCCAGCCCUCUGCCACUGGGCCGGUCAGUACAGGGACUGGCGCUGCCUCAACGCCACCCAGCGCAGCUUCGCCAAACUCGGCAGCAACAACGACAUGGCAGCACCCAGCGCCGCAGAGUGCCGGCUCAUCGACUCAGACGAGUCCGCACUUUGACCAAGCCAGAAUGAUCACUCAGCAACGGCAUAAUUCCCUGCAUGCUUUGGAUCUUGGUCCCGGAGGCGAGCAGCUCAAGCUCAAUUUCCUCCUCGAUGGAUUGACCAUGCCUGGAAGUCGAAUGCAGGCAGGAGAUGGCGGUGCUCAGGAUGCGCCUGGGUACCCGCACAUGCCACUGAAGCAUGACUGGAAUGGCUUCGCCCAGGCCGGCCAACGCUCUGAGAGCUACAAUCAAAGCUCCGGUUCCUUGCCUCAUAGUACACAGCAUCAUGCCACCUUUGCUUCCGGGCAAACCGGCCUGCCGUCCGCUCAAGGCAAUGAUUCUUGGAUUGGCGUCCAGGCGCCCAUCAACAAUUGCGGUCCGACAUGUCCACUGGACAGUCUUCUUCUCGACUUUCUCAAGGAGCGAAGACAGCUGGCAGCCGAAGGUGUUCCAACCCAGGAGCUUGUAGGGCCGCGAUAUCCUAGUGUCAAGUCGCUGCUCAAUCCCCAACAGAGCCAGCAGUCACAUCCUGUAUCGCAAGUCUUUACAGAUAUUCUCCGCGCCUUCCCGGGCAUUAGCAAAUUACCCGAGAAGGUAGCUGUACUCUAUGUCAUGUUCCUAAUCAUGAGGUGGCAGAUAUCACCCACGCGGGAGAACUUUGACCGUCUGCCGACUUGGUGUAUACCAACGCAUUCUCAAAUUGCAGUGCAGCACCCGGCUUGGGUUGACCAUCUCCCAUUCACCGAGAUGCGAGAGGAGAUAGCAAAGUCGUUUCGAUAUGCUCCCGCAGCGCAGGUCGAGUUUCCCUUUGACGAUUUCUUCGUUCCCUUUACAAAUACCUUGUCGUUGAAUUGGCCGUACGAGGAAACAGACGUGCUUAUUGAGAAUCCCGACGGGGAGCUGCUGAUAAAUCCCGUCUUUGAGACACACAUGAAGAGGCUGGACAACUGGACGCUUGGCGACCAGUUUGAUCGAACCUUUCCUCAGCUACGUGGGACAUAUAAGCUGAAGAAGAGCUCCGAAGCAAAUCAAUGA